AUGGCGCUUGCGCGCACCCUCAUCCUCGUCGCCCUCACGGUCUCGCUCUUCACAUUCGUAGCCUUCUUCGGCCGCCUUCCGGCCUUCAGGAACACACCCAUAGGCUUCCUCAACCGCCUCUUCGUCCUGCACAUACCCUCGUUCCUCUGUCGGCUCGAUGGCAAGCUCACCAAUGGCCGCAUCACCUCCGGCAGCGCCCGGCUCGGACACUACCUCAUGCACGACAAGCACCCCGUAAUCGUAGUCUUCUUCCUCGGCCUUGUCACCGCAUGCGCUGUACUGCUCUUGCCCGCGGUGUGGCACACGCUACGCCUCUACCACAAGCUGCUAACACUGUUCCUGCUACCGCAACCCUACUUCUGGCUCUGGCUCAGCGCCAAGUCAAACAAUGCCACCUAUAUCACUCGCGCCCAUCAUGCCUCGCAAAUGCGCCACUACCCGUACGACCGCGUUCUCUACCACCCAGGCCAUACAUGCUCGACGUGCAAACUCCUCAAGCCAGCGCGCAGCAAGCACUGCAGCAUAUGCAAGACCUGCGUCUCGCGCAUGGACCACCACUGCAUAUGGGUGAACAACUGCCUUGGGCGUGGGAACUACAAGUACUUCCUCUUCUUGCUUCUGUCCACCGGCAUCUUGAUCGCCUAUGGUGCAUAUCUCGCCUGGUACUCGCUGAGUCCACUUGUUGGGAACCAGUAUGCGAAGUUCGAAAGCUGGUACACGUACAAACCUACGCCAGGAUCUGAUCCGAAAAGCUUGAUGAACUGGUUUGGAGCAAAGAGUCACUACUUCGUGGCAUACGUGAGCUUGUACCUCGACCUCGGCGGUCUCAGCGCAGCGGGCGUUGGACUCCUCGCGCUCCUCACCUGGCCACUCCCGCUGGGGCUUCUGGCAUACCACAUCUACCUGAUCUGGGCGGGCAUGACGACGAACGAGAGCAGCAAGUGGGCAGAUUGGCGCGACGACAUGGCAGACGGCGUUGUGUUCUUGGGAAAGAGGAGGGAGGACACGAUGGCGGAGAACUGGUUCAGCGCCUCGCAUCCCACUGCAGCGCCUCUGCGCCGCGCCGACAACGAGGAGGAGAUUGAUGUGGAAGAGCCGCAAACGACGUGGCCGCUAGAGAGCAGGCAUAUUCUAGUGCGCACAAGAGAUGGCCAAGCGCCCAAGUCGCUACCUCCUCGCAUCCAACGCGUCGCCGAGCCCGAUUCAUUCGAGCGCGUGUGGAGCCUGGCUGCGGUGGAGAACGUGUAUGACUUGGGCUUCUGGGACAACCUCGUUGAGGUGCUCACCAACUAG